AUGUCCCCCACUCUUACCAAGGUCAUUUACAAGCCCGACUCCCAGUCUACAGACGAGUACACCAUCAUCGUUGAUCCCGUAGAGUUCAAGAAAUGGAAAGAUGGAGACACGACGAUCCCACUGGCAAACGUCGUUGACUCGUUCAAGAUCUAUCACUCUGGACAAGGAUCCCAGGGCAUCCUCCGCCAACCAUCAAAACAACAGCUCGAGUCGGUCUUUGGAACACACAAAGACACCGAUAUCGUCGAAUUCAUGCUGAAGAAUGGGAAGGAGCAGGCCAGCGAGGGCGUUUCCACUGGUUCUGGCAAUCUGAACAUCUCUCGUGGUAGCAACAUUGCGGACUCUCGCGCCCGAGGGGCUCAAGCAGGAUUCUAA